UUUUCAGAACCUUAAGCAACUUCCCCUCCAAAAUUCAAGAGAGGGAGAAAAGAAGAAGCAAAAAAAAAAUCAAACCCAUUUCAAUUUUGGUAACAAAGAACAAUACCCAGAAUUUGGUUUUUGCAUUUUUGCUCCAAAAAUCACAUCUUUUUAGUGUUGAAGAACAGAGGUAGCAAAAAUGUCUUCCAUUGUAUCAUCAGCAUUUACCUUACCAACAACAAAAACUGACCUUGUUUCUUCAAUUUCUCAAAAACAGUAUAUUCUCCACUCUUUUCUACCCAAAAAAUCCACCCAAUUCAACUUAAGAUCAGCAAGAAAUGGUAAAAUAAAAUGUGUUGUGGCUGGAAAUGGGCUUUUCACUCAAACUUCACCAGAAGUUCGACGAAUUGUCCCAGAGAAUAAGCAAAACUUACCCACUGUAAAAAUUGUGUAUGUAGUUUUAGAAGCUCAAUACCAAUCAUCACUUUCAGCUGCAGUUCAAACCCUCAACAAAACUUCUGAUGUUGCAAAUUAUGAAGUUGUGGGUUACUUAGUUGAAGAGCUUCGUGACGCGAAAACGUACCAAGAUUUCUGUAAGGAUCUUGAGGAUGCCAACAUUUUUAUUGGUUCUUUGAUCUUUGUGGAGGAGCUUGCAAUUAAGGUGAAGAAUGCUGUGGAGAAGGAGAGAGAUAGGAUGGAUGCAGUUCUAGUUUUCCCUUCAAUGCCUGAGGUAAUGAGACUUAACAAAUUGGGUUCUUUUAGUAUGUCACAACUUGGACAAUCAAAGAGUCCAUUUUUCCAGCUUUUUAAGAGAAAAAAACAAGGUGCUGGUUUUGCUGAUAGUAUGCUUAAGUUAGUUAGAACAUUGCCUAAGGUGUUGAAAUACUUGCCUAGUGAUAAAGCUCAAGAUGCUAGGCUUUAUAUCCUUAGUUUGCAGUUUUGGCUUGGUGGAUCACCUGAUAAUUUGGUUAAUUUUGUGAAAAUGAUAUCUGGGUCUUAUGUUCCUGCAUUGAAAGGGACAAAAAUCGAGUAUUCGGACCCCGUUUUGUUCUUGGAUAGUGGGGUUUGGCAUCCUUUAGCUCCUUGUAUGUAUGAUGAUGUUAAGGAGUAUUUGAAUUGGUAUGGGACUAGGAGGGAUGCAAGUCCAAAGCUUAAGAGUUCAAAUGCACCAGUAAUUGGUUUAGUUCUUCAGAGAAGUCAUAUUGUUACUGGUGAUGAGUCUCACUAUGUUGCUGUCAUUAUGGAGUUGGAGGCAAGAGGGGCUAAAGUGAUCCCAAUUUUCGCUGGUGGGCUCGAUUUUUCAGGCCCCGUGGAGAAGUUUUUCAUUGAUCCUAUCACCAAGCAGCCUAUGGUGAACUCUGUGGUGUCACUCACAGGAUUUGCUCUUGUUGGGGGCCCAGCAAGGCAGGAUCACCCAAGGGCUGUUGAGGCCUUGAUGAAGCUUAAUGUGCCUUACAUUGUUGCAGUGCCCUUGGUGUUUCAGACUACUGAAGAGUGGUUAAAUAGUACCUUGGGUUUGCACCCUAUCCAGGUGGCUUUGCAGGUUGCUCUUCCUGAGCUUGAUGGUGGCAUGGAACCUAUUGUUUUUGCUGGCCGUGAUCCCAGAACAGGAAAAUCACAUGCUCUUCACAAGAGAGUGGAUCAACUUUGCACCAGAGCAAUUAAGUGGGCGGACUUGAAGAGGAAAACAAAGGCUGAGAAGAAGCUAGCCAUUACAGUCUUCAGCUUCCCUCCAGACAAGGGAAAUGUUGGAACUGCUGCAUACCUUAAUGUGUUUGCCUCCAUUUUUGCUGUCCUAGAAGACCUCAAAAAGGAUGGUUACACUGUUGAAGGUCUCCCAGAGAGUGCUGAAGCCUUGAUUGAAGAUGUAAUUCAUGACAAAGAGGCUCAAUUCAACAGCCCGACUUUAAACGUCGCAUACAAAAUGAGUGUUAAGGAGUAUCAGAACAUAACUCCUUAUGCAUCACUUUUGGAAGAAAACUGGGGAAAAGCACCAGGCAAUCUGAACUCUGACGGAGAGAAUCUCUUGGUCUAUGGAAAACAGUAUGGAAAUGUCUUCAUCGGAGUUCAGCCUACAUUUGGUUAUGAGGGAGAUCCUAUGAGGCUACUUUUCUCUAAAUCUGCUAGCCCACAUCACGGAUUUGCUGCAUAUUACUCAUUCGUUGAGAAAAUAUUUGGAGCUGAUGCUGUUCUUCACUUUGGAACUCACGGUUCCCUUGAAUUCAUGCCGGGAAAACAAGUGGGAAUGAGUGAUGCUUGUUUCCCUGACAGUCUCAUUGGGAACAUCCCCAAUGUGUACUACUAUGCAGCUAACAACCCAUCAGAAGCGACAAUAGCUAAACGUCGUAGCUAUGCAAAUACUAUCAGCUAUCUGACUCCUCCGGCAGAAAAUGCAGGACUUUACAAGGGGCUCAAACAGCUGAGCGAGCUCAUAUCCUCUUACCAAUCCCUCAAAGAUACAGGCCGGGGCCAACAAAUUGUGAGUUCCAUCAUCAGUACUGCUAAACAAUGCAAUCUUGACAAAGAUGUGGAUCUCCCUGAGGAAGGCGUUGAGAUCUCUGCGAAAGAAAGGGAUCUCGUGGUUGGAAAAGUCUACUCAAAGAUUAUGGAGAUUGAGUCUCGGCUUUUGCCUUGUGGGCUUCAUAUAAUUGGUGAGCCUCCUACAGCCUUGGAAGCUGUGGCAACGUUGGUCAACAUUGCUGCUUUGGACCGUCCUGAGGAAGGAAUUACCUGCCUCCCUAAUAUACUAGCUGAAACUGUUGGAAGAGACAUAGAAGAUAUCUAUAGAGGAAGUGACAAGGGAGUUUUGAAAGAUGUCGAGUUGCUAAAGCAAAUAACGGAGACAUCGCGAGGAGCUGUCUCUGCAUUUGUAGAAAGAACAACUAAUGACAAGGGUCAAGUUGUGAAUGUCAAUGACAAAUUGACUUCAAUCCUUGGCUUUGGAAUAAAUGAACCAUGGAUUCAGUACUUGUCAAACACUAAGUUUUACAGAGCUGAUAGGGAGAAACUUAGGGUACUCUUUGGAUUCCUCGGGGAUUGUUUGAAGCUUAUUGUGGCUGAUAAUGAGUUGGGAAGUUUGAAACAAGCUCUUGAAGGAAGAUUUGUUGAGCCAGGUCCAGGUGGUGACCCAAUCAGGAACCCGAAAGUGUUACCUACUGGGAAAAACAUUCAUGCUUUGGACCCACAAGCCAUUCCUACAACUGCAGCCAUGCAGAGCGCAAAGGUGGUUGUUGAAAGGCUGCUUGAGCGUCAGAAGGCUGAUAAUGGAGGAAAUUAUCCUGAAACAGUUGCACUUGUAUUGUGGGGAACUGAUAACAUCAAGACUUACGGAGAGUCACUUGGUCAAGUUCUGUGGAUGAUUGGGGUGAGACCUAUUUCUGAUACCUUUGGGAGAGUCAAUCGCGUUGAACCUGUCAGUCUUGAAGAGCUUGGAAGGCCUAGAGUUGAUGUCGUUGUUAACUGCUCAGGUGUCUUCAGAGACCUGUUCAUAAACCAGAUGAAUCUUCUUGAUCGGGCAAUUAAGAUGGUGGCUGAGCUUGAUGAACCAGAAGAGAUGAAUUUUGUGAGAAAGCAUGCACUGGAGCAAGCCAAAACACUUGGUGUUGAUAUUAGAGAGGCUGCAACAAGGGUGUUUUCUAAUGCCUCAGGCUCUUACUCCUCAAACAUCAACCUCGCAGUUGAGAAUUCCUCAUGGAAUGAUGAGAAGCAGCUACAAGACAUGUACUUGAGCCGAAAGUCAUUUGCCUUUGACUCUGAUGCACCGGGUGCUGGCAUGCUUGAGAAGCGGCAGGUGUUUGAGAUGGCUCUUGCGACUGCUGAUGCUACUUUCCAGAAUCUUGACUCGUCAGAGAUCUCUCUGACUGAUGUCAGCCACUACUUUGAUUCAGACCCCACAAAUUUGGUUCAGGGACUCAGGAAAGAUGGGAAGAAGCCAAGCGCUUACAUUGCUGACACUACUACAGCCAACGCACAGGUACGUACUCUAUCUGAGACUGUUCGUCUAGAUGCACGAACAAAGCUGUUGAACCCCAAGUGGUACGAAGGAAUGCUGUCUACUGGCUAUGAGGGAGUGCGUGAAAUUGAGAAGCGGCUUACAAACACUGUUGGAUGGAGUGCAACCUCAGGCCAAGUGGACAACUGGGUAUAUGAAGAGGCCAACACAACAUUCAUCAAAGACGAGGAGAUGCUGAAGAAGCUAAUGAACACCAACCCCAACUCUUUCAGAAAGUUGUUACAGACCUUCUUAGAGGCCAAUGGAAGGGGUUACUGGGAAACUUCAGAGGAUAACAUUGAGAAACUGAGGCAAUUGUAUUCUGAAGUUGAAGACAAGAUUGAAGGGAUUGAUAGGUAAAUUAUGUAAAAUAAGCCUCUGUGAAUAUUCCAGAAAAAACAUUGUUGUAUUCAUAGUGAUCCAUAAAUUGUCCUUUGGCAAUUAAAACUCUAUACAAGCUUCACUGUAGAUCUUUUCUUGAUAUUCAAUUCUGAAUUAUCCUUGUAAAUUUGAGGAUGUAUCAAAUCUUUUUACUUGAAUAAUGAAUGGGGCAAUGUCUCUUCUACUGCA